GAAGAAUAGGCGUUCAAAUAUAGGCUUUGCUUUCCUAUGACUCACAGUACACUAUUACUCACACACAAAACCACUCCUCCCACCUAGUAUUUAAACUAUUCCCCCCGCGUAUCAACAUCAGAAAAAACCCUUUGUGGAAUUAUAAGACUUUGUUUUACAACUUUAUACCUAACUGAAAUAACCCAGUUUUUCUUUUGGAACGUUCAAGGCUCUCAUCAUCCAAGGGUCUCAAACCUGUUGGCUGCACAGUUCUUAGACCAGCCGAACAGUAAGUGACAGAUAGGAUGUGUACAGGUAAAUGCUCCCGGUGUAUUGGGGUGACGCUGUACCCUCUAGCAGUCAUCUCCAUCAUCUGUAACAUCAUACUGUUCUUCCCGGAUUGGGAAACCAGUUACGCCAAAGAUGGAUACAUCACAGAAGAGGUGAAGUACAUGGGAGGACUGGUUGGAGGGGGACUAAUGGUAAGUUCUUUCUUCUUAAAUAACGAAUGGUCUUUAAUUUAAUUAUUUGAUAUUUUUUUAAGUGCAAGCCAUUGGGAAAUCCCCAAAAAACAUUCAUAUGAGAAACAAUGUCAGAGAAAUUGCAUCUAAAUUUUGUUUUGUGUAUUGAUGAAGCCCUUGUUAGGUUCCACAUGAUUCACAACUAUAUGUGUAAUAGGGAGUCACCCAAGAGUUGACACAGUUUUGUUAUCUAAGGGGGCCAGUGAUUCAAAUAUGGUUUGCAUGUUUUAGUGUUUUUUACUAGUUUUCAGAUCUUUACAUGGUUAGGGACAAACUACAGUGUGAUAUGUGAGUAAUCUGGUGAAUCAUGCUGCUUUAUUUGCCAAGAAGCUCACCACAGCCCUUAUCAAACGGCACAUUUGCUGGAUCUUCCUACUACUGCCUCAUUCAAGAACAAGAAGAUCAACAAAAUAAUUCACACACAAAAAGAAAAACAUUCAAACGUUCAACCACUAGUAUUGCCUUUUUCAAAUGCAAAUUGUUGUUAGUCAAAUGUAGAUUUUUAUUUAUUUAGCCUUUAUUUAACCAGGAUAAAAGUCCUUCAGGUUACAUGCAUGGUACUGAUUCCCUUGCCCAUUCCCUUUCCAGGUGUUGGUACCAGCAUUUUACAUCCAUGUUACUGGACAGCAGGGCUGCUGUGCCAAUCGUUGCGGGGUGAGUCCUCUUUACAGACAACAAAACACUGGAGAAGUCUAUAAGGAUAAAUACUGUAUAACUCUAAAAGACUAGAAAGCUCUAAAAAGAAGAGCAGGGAACUGAAAGAUGAAUUUUGAAAGAUUACAAAAGGAUCAGAGAGAGAGAAAGAGAGAGAGAGAGAGAGAGAGAGGGAGAGAGAGAGAGAUACAGAGACAGAGCAAGAGAGAAAGAAAGGAAGAAAUGAAUCAUGCGUUAAUCAUUUGCCAACACAUUGUAUACACUCCCCAACGUAUUUAUUUGGACAGUGAAGCUAAAAUUAUUAGUUUGGCUCUAUACUCCAGCAUUUUGGAUUUGAGAUCAAAUGUUUCAUAUGCAGCAACAGUACAGAAUGUCAACUUUUAUUUGAGGGUAUUUUCAUACGUAUCUGUUUUACCAUUUAGAAACGAAAGCACUUUAUGUAUCUAGUCCCCCUAUUUGAACAAAUUCACGUAUAGUGUAUUACAUUUAGUCAAAAGUUUAGUAUUUGGUCCCAUAUUCCUAGCACGCAAUGACUUCGCCAAGCUUGUGACUCUACAAACUUGUUGGAUGCAUUUGCAGUUUGUUUGGGUUGUGUUUCGGAUUGUGUUGUGCCCAACAAAAAUGAAUGGUAAAUAAUGCAUUGUGUAAUUUUUGAGUUACUUUUAUUGCAAAUAAGAGUAGAAUGUUUCUGAACACGUCUACAUUAAGGUGGAUGCUACCAUGGUUACGGAUAAUCAUGAAUGAAUCGUAAAUAUAGAUGAGUGAGAAAGUUACAGAGGCACAAAGAUCAUACCAACAAGACAUGCUCACCUCUCACCAGGGCUGAUUAUAAUGAUAAUAAUGACUUUGACCAACCCAAAAUUGAUUGUAAAGACAAUGGAAAAACAGGAUAAUAAAAACAGCAGGUUCUGUAUUGCAUUGCAAUUCUCAGAGGGGAAGCUGGUGAAUAAAUUGUCUCGAAGUGGUCAGACAAAGGGGAAUCAUGUUAUAGAUGUAGAUACUCAAUGUUGUUAUGACAAGAUAUUUGCAUUUUAUGUGACUUAAUUGACCUUUUGGUCUCUUUCUCAGUUAAUCUUUCCUUGAUUGCUUGCUUUCUCUCUCCUCCUCUUUUUCGAAAAGCAUUGGUUUCUUGAGCCUUCUGCUCCAAUACAGUUGAGAAGGACAAGGAGAUAGGAUGCAAAGAAUGUAGGGAAUACUAAAUGAGAUAGUCAUCAUCAUUUUCAGCACUUUGAAAUUGUCUUAUUUAUUUCAUAUUCAUUAUUUGUUAUUGUAAUUCAGUGUUUUUUAAUGCUAACUUUUUUUAAAGAACCUGUAAUAAUGCUGAAAGACCAGUAAAUUAAAACCAAACUAAACUAAUCUUGUUCCCACAGAUGUUCCUCUCCAUUGCCUUUGCUGCGGUCGGGGUUGCUGGCGCCCUCUACAGUUUUAUAGUGGCAAUGCUUGGCCUAAUUAACGGGCCCUACUGUAGAGUUGUUGCUGGUCUGGAUGACUCCCUUCAAAGACAGGUUAGAGACUUCACAGAUCACAAACACACACUCAUGCACGUACACAUGCACACACACACGCACACACCACCACCACUAUGCUUGUAAUGAAUUACAACCCGCUCCCUCUUUCCCCAUCAGAGAGAACAGUUACCUGAACAACCGUGAUCUGUGGGGCUUGUGCACAGCGCCUAACAACGUGGUGGAGUUUAACAUUGGGCUGUUCGCCAUCCUGCUGGUGACCAGCUCUCUGCAGCUGGUGCUCUGUUGCAGCCAGAUGAUCAACGGGCUCUUCGGAUGCCUCUGUGGAACCUGCACCAACAAAGGGGUAUGGAGACUGUUUGUGAGACCGUUGUCAUUGAAUUUAAUAGAAGUAUUUCUUCAAUUAAAUACAUUUUUUUUAAUGUAAUUUAAUUGUUGUGUUGUAAAUCCUUAAAAUGUAUCAGCUAUAGCCUACGCUGCUGAAAGGUUAAUGGCUUGGUUUGAAAAGGAGACCCAUUAACUCCUAUAGUAUUGUCUUCUCGAGAGCUGAUUCAUCUUCUAAAUAGUCCUUCACUGUGGGGAAAGUUUCCUUAUUAAAUUGUUCUCCCUGUUAAUCUUGUCCCAACCAGGUUGUUUAAUGGAAGGAAGACUCCUAUUCUACACUCAAUCCAUGAUGAUUGACUGGUGCCUCUAAGUGGACCAAGAAAGAAAUUGGCUUCAAUAUGUUUGCAAUGCGAUGCACACCAUUCUCACUUAUUUGAAUGUUUGCAAUGUGAUAUACCUUCUAAAUGUUCAUUUUAGUCAUUUAGCAGACG